AUAUAUAAACACUGUACAUCAACUCUAAGCCGGAAAAGGAAGAAAUCGAAUUUAUCUCUCCUCGCUUUUCUUAUUUUUCUUCCUUGAGGGGGAUAGAUACAUGUAACAAGUUGUUUAUCACGCUCCGACGGACAACAUUUUUACAUUGUUAUAUAUACAUCUGUUUCCCGGCGACAGGGGAAUCAAGGAAAUUACGUUAUAAUGUUUUGGUGACCGUCACAAACACAGAGUGGAACGGAGUUUCAUAUUCAGUAGAUUGAGGACGAAGGACAAAAUACACAGGAAGUUGUAUUUCAGUGAAAAUCGGAAACGCCCACAGGAAUCUUUGUACUAGUUUAGGAAUAAGACUGUCUGUUGAUUUAAGUUUAAAAAAAAAUCAACGAUAUUUUAUACUUGAUUUGUUUAUCUGAUAAACAAGUGAAAUUAGUGAAAUGUAAAUGACAGUGAAAUGUACAUGGAGUGCUUGUCGGGGAAGAUGGUGAAUUUGUCGAUGAAGUUUGUCUAGCUUAAAAUAAUAUUCUAUUUAUAUAUAUAUAAAAAGAUACUUGUAUUGAAGACAACACUGUUUAUUCACAAUGGGAUGUGCACUUACUGUCGAGGAAAAGGAAUCUAAACGGAUAGACAAGGAACUGCGCUCGGACGGAAACAGGUUAUCACGAGAAGUCAAACUAUUACUCCUGGGUGCCGGAGAGUCCGGAAAAAGUACAAUUUUGAAACAAAUGAAAAUUAUCCACGACCGCGGCUACACGGAGCAGGAGCGUAAAGAGUACCGGCCGGUAGUGUACAGUAACAUAUACCAGUCUAUGACUACCAUCAUCCGGGCCAUGGGAAAUCUGAAGAUUGAUUUUCAAGAUCCUGAACGCGCCGACGAUGCACGCCAUUUAUUUGAAUAUACCAUGCAGGAUGGAGACUUGGAACCCAUCAUUGACAUUCUAAUACGGCUAUGGGAUGAUGGUGGAGUACUGACAUGUGUUAGUCGGUCUCGGGAAUACCAACUCAACGAUUCCGCAGAAUAUUACUUGAAUGCACUGGAGAGGAUAGGAAAGCCCGGAUAUAUACCGACCGCCCAGGAUGUGUUACGGACGCGAGUGAAAACGACGGGGAUUAUAGAGUCCAAGUUCCUGUUUAAAAGCGCACAAUUCAAAAUGAUUGACGUUGGGGGACAACGGUCGGAGAGAAAGAAAUGGAUCCAUUGUUUCCAGGACGUUACGUCAAUUCUAUUUAUAGUAGCCUUGAGUGAAUAUGACUUGACUUUGAUUGAGGUUGAGGAUGAAGAAGUGAACCGUAUGGGUGAAAGUCUGCGAUUAUUUGAUUCCAUCUGCAACAACACGUGGUUCGUGAAAACCUCCAUGAUCCUGUUUCUGAACAAAAAGGACCUAUUCGAGGAAAAGAUAACUCGGUCGCCACUUACAGUCUGCUUUCCCGAUUACCAAGGCCAGAACACGUUCGACCAGGCAGCACCGUACAUCCAAUAUCAAUUCGUUAACACAAACAGACGUGAAAACAAGGAGAUAUACUGCCACUUCACGUGUGCCACGGAUACCAAUAACAUCCAGUUCGUGUUCGACGCCAUCAGUGACAUUAUUCUCAAUGAAAAUUUGGAAAGUAUAGGCUUAAAUUGACACAACAUACAUAUAGUAAACAAUGCCUUAUUGCCAUCAGUGGAUGAAUAUCACAAUACGAUACAACUGCACCAAUACUGGUACCUUGUGUCAAAGACAUCUAUUACCAGCUGGUGCUUCAUUACCAGUUCUGCCUUCCUGUUUUUUUGUGUCGCCUGCCAAGCAUGGCGGACACUUAAGAAUCACCUUUUUCUCUUACCGUUUGCCAAUCAAUAUGGUAAUUGGAUUGUGUCUUUAUCAUAUAACAGAUUGAAUUUGAACCCAAUGUCAAUAUUCCCUUUUUUGGUGGAGUUAUGUUUUUUUGCACAUUGGAAAUCCGCAUGAUUAACCGUUUCCUUGACAUUUUCCCUUACGCUUGCUACAUCAAUUUGUUACUUGGUUUGUGACUUUAUCACAUUAGAUUAUAGAUCCGGUUUAACCUCAUGUCGAUAUUCAUUUUUUGUUGGAGUUAUGGUUCGUUGCGCAUAGAUGAUUAUCACAAUCAAUUGUUUUCCAUAUUUCUAACAAACUGCAGGCCAUAUCAAUUUGGAGAACCAUACUCUCAACUUUGUGACUUAAUCAUGAUUAAUUUGAGUUGAGUUGACAUUCUUUGUUGAUAUGUUUUGAUUCUGGACUCGUUAUCUUUUACAUAUAGGAAUGUUUUGUUUUUUUCUACUUUGCUUCCACGUAAACUUGAUGAUGACUUUUCCAUAAAUGUGGGAUUACAAUUUGAGUUCAAUCAAAUUCCAUCUAUAACUGUUAAGCCAUAAACAACAGUAUCAUGCAGUCAUGAAAUCAUCCGCAUAUGACAUCAGAUUUUGUGUGGAUGUUAGACUUCGUCAACAAACCAACCAACCACCAAUAGCAAGCAUGAUACGUUCCUUAUUUUAACCAUGGAGAUUUCAAAAUGACACCCUUUCAAUUAAGUGAGCGCAGACGACAUGUCCUCUUCUGUGGAUUUUUUUUUUUUUUUUUUUUUUGAUACAUGCUUACGAGAGAGUUGUUAAGAAGAAGCCGGGUGGGGUGUACUGCAGGGUGUAAGUAUACUUCAGUGAGGUAGCACUAUGAAGUCAGUAUCAGUUCCGCUCUGCCACAAGGAGACAAAGACAGCAACCUCCCAAAAUAUAAACACGCACUCAUCACACGCAUGCAUCUCGCAGACAAGGGAAGGCUGUCCUUAAAUGACCUAAACUUUUGAUAGUCAAAAUGUUAUAUGUGCCUCAAAUCUUACGUGAUGUUCCCAGUAAAGGAUGUCGUUCAGCCAACUAGGCAUUUCGGUGGAAACUGUGCGUCAUCCGCGUGUCUGAAUAUGCCGGGACUACACUUAUCUUCAAUUAAUUAUAUAAAGUUUGAAAGAAGUUUAGACAUAUUUAACCUGAAACCUGUCAAAUGUGUAAAUAAAAACCAUAACCAAGUGGUUGAUACAGAAGGGUGAAUGAAUGUGUUCUUGAAUAUUUUAUACUCAUUUAUAUAUUUUUUUCUUUAUUGUAAAAUUCACGUGUUUAUAGUUUUGUUUAUUGCCUUUUUCUUUUGAUAUACAGUGUAUAUAAGAUAAUUAAAUAUACUACAAGAUUUCGUCAGAUGUAAAGUGAUUACAAUUGUCAUGAUACAAUGCAAUGGUUUUGAGAUACAAAUUAUUUAUGAACAUGUCAAGAAUACAGUUUCAUGAGCGUUCUGUGGCAAAUUUGAAUUAAGGACUUUCCUUUUAUGGAACUGGAUUCAGAGACAUGAAUCUAGAUACUGAUAUGAUAUCCUGUUAUAUUCCUGUAUAUACGUCAUUAUCUAAUUAAUCAGUAUGAUAACAGGUGUGCCACAUUACAAAUAUGACAUUAUCAUUAAGCCAUUGGGAUCAUGAAUGCCCUGCGGGUAGGGCGUAAGAAUAGCACCUGCUGUUCAAGGUUUUGAGAUAUAGGUUAUUUACCAGCAUAAUGUAUUGUCGUGUUCAUGCCACAUGUUCGUGAGCGUUCUAUGAAGAAAAUACUUUCCUUAGUUAAGAAAUUUCAGUUGCACAAAGUACCAAUUUGAGAUUAUCAUAGACUACAAGUCACUCUUGAUCGUGGAUGCCCUAUAAGUCCUAUUGCAUGAUUCGUUAGAGGCAACACGGGGAAACCAACGUGGUCGUGCAGGUGACCCUAUACCUUUUUACGUGCGGUCGGGGAAUCUAACCCCGGCCACCUAGGUGAAAGGCAAAAUAAAUUAACACUGUGCCACCCGACCACCUUGAAGUUUUCUUGGUAAACCCAUGUCUCAUUCAUGUCUCUCUGAGCACUGUUUCGCUUUCAGUCUCUAGUUUAUGGUACAUGUAUAUCAUGUCAGUAUAAUGUGACCGGAUAUAGUGCCUCUCUAACAUUUCAGUGUGAUGACACUAUAAAAGCAUCCGUCAGUGGCCUCUUCAAUCGCGGACACCGGCAUUACGUGGCCUUAUGGUGCUAACAUGACAUACAUGUUUUCAAAGAUGUGUUCAAAGAUACAAAAUCCAAGAGUUGAUUUAUUACAAAUAAUUAAAAAUGUUUUUAUUGAAAGGUUUAUAAAAUAUGUGUUUAGUUUGGGGAUGUAAAUAGACUUAAUUUUCACAUAAACUUUUUAAUUUGAUUGAAAAGAGAGGCAUAAUAGGUAUUAAUCGUAUGAUGAAAGAAUAUUAUUCUGAGUUGAUGUGGAUAGUGUGAAUGGAGUAAUACAACCCUAGAUCGUCCGUUAAUGAGCGUUAUAUAGAACCUUCUCUAUAAAGUAUGUGGUAGGUAGUAUUUGUACGUUUAUAAAUUGUAUAUAUCAAUACUUUUAUACAACAGAUAGCAUCGUCUCUGAGAUAUUGUAUCUGUUAAGUCAUUUUACUUCUAAAAACAAACAACAUACAAUGUACCUUUUCACGUGUAUUUUCAAUAAUGUUUAUUGGCGAAGCAUUUUGACAUAUGGCAAGAAAAUGAAAAUAAAAUGUACAUCACGCA